AUGUCGGAAAGGGUGCAGGUUGUGACCAGACACCUACUGGCACCAGUCGCUGCCGCGGGCAGCGAGACUCCGGUUUACGAGCCGGGCGAGCAUUUCGGCAUCUUCCCUGAUUACGAGCACAAGUGGCCGUAUCCCGAAGUCGGUAUCAUGUCCGCCCAAGAAACCCCGUCGACGUUGUUUACGUCCUUUUUGGAACAAGCCGCGAAGAAUUUCCCGGAGGUUCCCGCCCUGGCGGCUGAGAAACCGGUGCCGGCACUCGUUCGCACUGGCGAAGCUCCCUCGCUGCCUUGGGAGGCAUGGGCGAAGUGGACAUGGAAGGGUUACUACGAAGAUGCUUGCAAGCUUGCGAAAGCUUUCAUCCAGCUGGGCGUCCAACAGUUUGGGAGUGUGACGAUUUUUGGUUUCAAUGCUCCGGAGUGGAUGUUGAGUGCUCUCGCGGCCAUGCUUUGUGGCGGCAAAUACGUCGGCAUCUACUCCACGGAUACGCCGGAGCAGGUGCAGUACAAGGUCGACCACUCCAACGCAGCGGUCAUGGUGGUGGAUGGAGAGAUGGAGUUUGAAGCGACGGCGAAACAUGUCGAGGAAAUGCCUGAGCUGCGUGCCAUCGUGUGCUGGGGCAUGCCGGCACCGGCUCAGCUCACCAGGAAAGACGGCAGUGUCUGCAAGGUCCUGACGUUCAAGGACUGCUUGGAGCUUGGCGCGUCGCAGAGCUCUGAUGGCCUGGCUACCAGGAAGGAGGCAACGCGGCCUGGACAUGCUAUGGGCAUCAUCUACACCUCCGGCACAACCGGCAACCCGAAAGCUGUCAUGGUGCACCAUGAUGCUGCUUGCGCGAUCACAUCCAUGGCGAGCCAAGCCGAGACAGGUGCUUUUCAAGCAUAUCCUGCGCGGAUUUUGUCGUACCUGCCUCUCUCGCACGUCGCCGGCUCGAUGAUGGACAUGUGGUUUCCCAUCUUCAUGGCCGGCAGCAACCGAAAGCUGCACAGCACAAUCUAUUUUGCGCGUCCCUACGACCUGAAGGAGAUGACCCUGGCAGCCCGCAUCCAGUUUGUGCGGCCGACCGUCUUCCUUGGCGUUCCGCGUGUUUACGAAAAGAUGCAAAGCCGGAUGAUGGCGGUUGCUUCGACCAUCACAGGUGUGAAGAAGUCGAUUGCCACGUGGGCCAAGGGAAAGGGACUCGAGUACUGCAGAAACCUGCAGGCUGGCGGUUCGAAGGCGAAGCCUUUGUUCCUGACCGUUGCAGACAAGUUGAUCCUGUCCAAAGCUCGCGAUGCACUAGGUUUGGAUCAGUGCAAGAGCCUGAUCGUAGGUGCAGCUCCAAUUUCUGCAGACACACUGGAAUACUUUGGCCAGCUCGGCAUGAUGAUUCAGAACGUUUACGGGAUGAGCGAGUCGUCGGGACUUACCACAUGCUGCAUGCCAUCGUGGAAUGCCUUCGGCACUGUUGGCCAGGCUCUGCCCGGCAUCGAGGUAAAGUGCUUCAAGACCGGGCCAAAUGGAGAAAACAUCGAGGUGCCGCGAUGUCAACCCAGCGCCAAAGUGGUGCCUGAGGACUGCCAAGGUGAAAUUUGCUUCCGUGGCCGGCACAUCAUGAGUGGCUACAUGGCUAACCCCAGGUUCGGUGAGGCCCACAUCAAGGAAAUCAGGGAAAAAAACGAGAGCACCAUCGACAAAGACGGCUGGCUGCACAGCGGCGACAAGGGCUGCAUGGACACCAAUGGUGUCGUGCGGAUUACCGGGCGCUACAAGGAGCUUAUCAUCGGUGCAGGUGGCGAGAACAUUGCGCCUGUGCCGGUUGAGGACAAGAUCAAACAACUAGCGCCGGCACUCUCGAACGUCAUGAUGGUUGGAGACAAUCGACGCUUUAACGUAGCAGUAGUGACGCUGUUGGCAGAGGGCGCGACCGGCGAACUUCCCGGAGGCGACAACCUCACUGGAGCAGCACUGGAGGUGAACCCAGCGGUGAAGACCAUCUCAGCUGCGAUGAAGGAUCCUGCGUGGCAGAAGUACAUCGAGAAAGCCAUCGAAGAAACCAACUCUGACACGAAUGUUUGCCAGAACAACAACUGGAAGAUCCAGAAGUUUGCGAUCGCUCCCCGGGAUUUCUCGGUACAAACAGGAGAGUUUACGCCAACAAUGAAGCUGAAACGAUCCGUGACUGAGGAGCAAAAGCUUGCUGUCGGAGAUGUGGAAGGAGCUCAUCGAUCCAUUGUACAGAUGCUGCUACCAAGGUGCAGGCGCUGUCGUUCGGGCUGUCCCCUGCGAUUGCAGCGAGACCCGUGCUCGGCAACGAAAAGACAAAAGCGAUCGAAUCACUCAUGUUGA